CCUCCCGCCUGCCCACAAGGCGCACAUCUGCGCUUGCUUACUCUACAUAGACUUACCUGCCUGGUUAUUUUGGCGGUCGGUGACACAACAUGUCCGACCCAAUGGAUGCUCUGGACGAGAAGCUGAAUGGGACGCCAGUAAUGGAGAUUGAUGAAGCUGUGUCUGUUCGAGAUCGAGAUGCGUUUGCGGCGAAGAACAUGCCCGAUCUUGGGCAUGAAGUAAAGGAUUUUGCCGUUUACACAUGGCGAUUGACCAAUUGGCGGAAAUUGGAGAAGAAACUGACAAGUCCAGAGUUUGAAUGUGGAGGGCAUCGCUGGCGAAUAUUGUUGUUUCCCUUUGGAAACUCAAACGCGCCACCGAACGACACCGUAUCGGUAUACCUUGAUUAUGCGGACCCGAAGAGGGCACCAGAAGGCUGGCACGCCUGCGCACAAUUCGCACUUGUCAUCUCAAACCCCAACGAUCCUACCAUCUACACUGUUUCUCAUGCCCACCAUCGCUUCAUCGCCGAGGAGUGUGACUGGGGCUUUACACGUUUCAGUGAGCUAAGGAAGUUGUUCACGGUACAGGAAGGCCACAACCGUCCAACGAUUGAAGACGAGUCAGCGGACGUCAGCGUAUUUGUGCGUGUUUUGGAGGACCCAACCGGCGUUUUAUGGCACAAUUUUGUGAACUAUGACUCAAAGAAGGAGACCGGUUAUGUUGGCCUAAAAAAUCAGGGUGCAACAUGUUACAUGAACUCCUUACUACAAUCACUUUACUGCACACGAUACUUCCGACGGGCUGUGUACCAAAUACCGACAGAAGAUGAUCAUCCGACUGAGAGCGUUGCCUUAGCUCUGCAACGCGUGUUCUACCAUCUACAAACUUCUGAUCAGCCAGUUGGCACAACUGAGUUGACGAAAUCGUUCGGCUGGAAAUCCCUUGACUCGUUCUUACAACAUGACGUCCAGGAGUUCAACCGCGUGUUACAGGACAAGCUCGAAAGUAAAAUGAAGGGUACGAAAGCCGAUGGUGCUAUCAGUAGGCUCUUUGUAGGCAAAAUGAAGAGCUACGUACGUUGUGUAAACGUCGACUACGAGUCAUCGCGCACGGAAGAUUUUAAUGAUAUUUCUCUUAAUGUAAAAGGGAUGAAAAAUCUACACGAGUCCUUCCGGGACUAUGUCGCUGUAGAGACACUGGACGGGGACAACAAGUACCAGGCAGAGGGAUACGGACUGCAGGACGCGAAGAAAGGAAUCAUCUUCCAAUCUUUCCCUCCGGUUCUACACAUUCAGCUCAAGCGAUUCGAAUAUGAUAUUCAGAGGGAUGCCAUGGUGAAGAUUAAUGAUCGCCACGAAUUCCCCUUUGAGAUAGACCUUGCCGAGUUCCUUGACGAAAACGCUGAUCGGAGUCAGUCAUGGGUGUACAAGCUACAUGGUGUGCUCGUACAUUCGGGUGAUCUGCACGGCGGACAUUAUUUUGCUCUCAUCAAGCCUGACCGCGAGACACGCUGGUUGAAAUUCGACGAUGAUCGUGUAACACCAGUGACAGAUCGUGAAGUGCUCGAAGAGAACUAUGGUGGUGAACCAUUGAAUGGUCUUACGUCCCCGGCUCAGCGCCAACAAGUGCGAGCGAUGAAGCGUUUCACGAAUGCGUACAUGUUGGUGUACAUCCGAGAUGUUGCGAUUGAUGAGAUCCUAGCACCCUUCACAGAUGCCGAUACUCCUGCUCAUCUCAAAAAGCGGCUUGAUGAGGAGAGGCUGCAGAUAGAGGCCAAACGCCGAGAAAGGGAAGAGCAGCAUCUCUUCUUAACCGCAAAGAUCAUCACGGAUGAAACAUUCCAACAACACGAAGGCUUCGACUUGGCGUCGUUUGACGACAAGAACUGGCCUCCUUCAGAUCUUCCCGCCUUCCGUAUCCUGAAACAGGAGACAUAUCACACCUUCAAGGGUCGUGUGGCGCAGCACUUUAAUUACCCGGAAUCAGCAUUCAGGUUGUGGGUUUUGGUGAAUCGACAAAAUAAGACCGUACGACCUGACACGCAUAUUCCGGAGAACGAGCAAUCAUUGACCAUGGAGGUUAUCCGUAAUAACAUGGCUGCUCGGCAAACUGAUCUUCGACUCUAUCUCGAUGUGGUCACAGAGCCCGAAGUCGCUCCUGGAUCAAUCAUGAUUUUCCUCAAGCACUUUGACACCUCAAGGCAAACCCUUUACGGCGUUGGCAAGUGCUACGUGCAACGAAACGCAAAGGUUAGCGAUCUUCAUGGUGUCAUCAAUGAGAAGAUGAGGUGGCCUGCGGGUACGCCACUCAAGCUCUAUGAGGAAAUCAAACCGGGCAUGAUCGAGCUCAUGAAGGCGAAGAUGACGUUCGCACAAAGUGAGAUCCAGGAUGGCGACGUUAUCUGCUUCCAAGUCGAUAUCAGCGAGAAAGAGACGCAUGAUCUUGAGAGCCAGGGGCUCUACGCAAAUCCUUUGCACUUUUACGACUUCUUACAGAAUCGAGUUAUGAUUGUGUUCCGACCCAAGUUUGAGGAACCGGAUGAUAUAAACCCAGAGUUCGAUCUCGUGCUAAGCAAGAAGAUGAACUACGACCACAUGGCUGCAAAGGUGGCUGAACGCCUGAACCAAGACCCUAUAAAAUUGCGAUUCACGACAACUAUGCCUUCAACUAAUCAGCCAAAAUCCAUCAUCAAGCGUUCCCUUAACCAGUGUAUUUCCGACAUUAUGUCGCCGAAUAAUUACUCCCACCCAUCCUCAACACUCAUACUCUACGAACGACUCGAAGUGAGCAUUAUCGAACUAGAGACCAAACGUAGUUUGAAGAUCGUAUGGACUGGUAUUCACAAUAAGGAAGAGGCGGCGUACCCCUUCCUUCUGCCGAAGACGUCCAACAUUCACGAUUUAUCCGAACAACUCGCCAAGAAGGUAACUUUAGCACCAGGAGGGACUGGCAAGAUUCGGGUUUUCGAGAUGACGAGGGACGGAAAGGCACAAAAGGAGUUCACUGGAGCGGAGAUGAUUGGAAAUAUACCUGAACAGGUUGAACUAUUUGCGGAAGAGAUACCACGCGAGGAGCUCGAGGCGGAUGAGGCAGACAAGAUCAUCAAUGUCUUCCACUUCUCGAAGGAGGUAUCUCGAACGCAUGGUGUACCGUUCAAGUUCGUUGUCAAGCAGGGCGAGAAGUUCUCAGAGACGAAGAAACGCUUGCAAGCACGCAUCAACGUGUCAGACAAGGAAGUAUCGAAGUAUCGAUUUGCUCUGGUACAGGCAGCCACGUUCAAGCAACCAUCAUACAUCGAAGAUGAGGACAUGAUCUACGACCACAAAUUUGCACCCGACGAUUGCCUCGGUCUCGACCAUCUAGACAAGUCAGGGCGGACACGUCAAGGCGCAGGCGAGAAAGCGAUCGUCAUCAAAGGGUAAAUUGUGGUUGUAGAAUAUUCGGUCUCCUGUUUUCGGAAUUCCUGCCUAGUGUGCCAACACAUGAAAUCAUAACAGACUCACUCUUCGUAAUUGUAUGCUCACGAGGGAUCAAUCCAUCAUACAUUUGUCCUUGUUCCGUUGCGUUUAUUAUUGUCCUGUACUUUUGCUAUUACCCC